AUGUCGCAGCCAACUGGUGAUGAGACGCGUCGUCGUUUGGAAAAAGGUAAGAAGUGUCUCCAGGGAAAAAGAGAUCAAGAUCGGCGGUUCCGAGAACUUGUCAAUAGCCUCAAGUCCAGCUUAUCCGAUAGUGAUCUCCGCGACAUCCUCUCAAGACCACCGGAGGAGCGUGAUGAAUAUGGACAAAUUAAUAAUCCAGAUUUGAUCUUCCAAUUCGUUGCUCGCAAACACCAAGGUCAUGCCGUUGAGCAUGAUGAGGCCAAGGAGAUCCUUGACCAUGCCGUGGAUUAUGCCAUACGCCUUCGACUACUAGAUACCAACGGGUUCUCUAGGAUCACGUAUCGAUGCCAACAGAAUGGUUGGAAGUGCGUUGUCUCUCAUUGGCGCACCCAGGAAUUUAUACUGCCUGAGGUUUUUCAAAAUAUUCCCAUGAUCGUUGUCGAGGAAGAUUCUCGGGAGCCAUCUGACGGGUUCAGGUUUGAGGGCUAG